AGACGGGGCUCCUAUUGGUCCACAAUCUCAGGCUCGUAGGUAGUCGGGGGUCAAAGGCUACCUGUGAGUCACACGAGUCAGCUGAGUGAAAGCGGUAACCGCGGAAGACUCGUUACAGCUGCAGUGUUUAUCGCUCCGAGUUAGAGAGAAAGAGAUAAGCGUCACGGACAAGGACACGGACAGAGGGCGGUGAUGGAGCAACGCAGAGCUCAGGCUCCGACUCUUUCCUUCAGCGUGGAGUCGCUCAUAGCCUGCGACAAAAGCACCAAGGAGCGGAGGAAAAGUUCCGAGUACCUGUUCGGGCAAAGUCAGGUCUCAUCGCCCCAAAACACGGAAAGUGUCCGAACUUCACUCGUCAAGUCGGAGUCUCCAGAGCCUGAGGAGAUCCAAGCUGCCUGGGUAACUAACUCUGCGUUUUCACACACACGGCAGGUGAGUCCACAGUGCACGCUGCGCAAGCACAAGUCCAACCGCAAACCACGCACACCCUUUACCACAGCUCAGCUGCUGGCACUUGAGCGUAAGUUCCACCAAAAGCAGUACCUGUCCAUUGCUGAGCGUGCCGAGUUCUCCAGCUCACUCACGCUUACAGAGACUCAGGUAAAGAUCUGGUUCCAGAACCGCCGUGCCAAGGCCAAGCGACUGCAUGAGGCUGAACUCGAGAAACUCAAACUGGUUACUAAAUCUCCACUGACACCAUGUCCAUCUUUUGCUGUGGCACUGCCUGUUGGGCAACCACUCUACAGCAACUCAUUUCCUUACCAGAGGCCCCUGGUGCCUGUUUCGCCACUUGGAGUGUAUGGAACACCGCUGGGAUAUGGCUUGUAUCACCUAGCAUGAAUGGAUGUAAUGGAAACAGCCAAAAAACCUAAACUAAAACCAGUCUGUGAAUGCAAAACACUGGAUCACCCAGAGCUCUCAAAAGUGCCUGACAUGGAAAGAGGAGGCCUUUAAUCGGUAACUGAUGGAUUAGAUAUCAUUACUGUGUGGGUGGAUGCAUUUAUUGCUUUGUAUUUAUGUGUGUAUGUGCAUAUGUGUGAACAGUAUGUGCUUUUUAUUCAUCUUAAUGUAAUGUAUUGUAAUUCAGAUUAUUCUUUAUAUAUCAAAUAUUGAUAGCACUAAAUCAACUGUUGAUUGAUGUCUGCUUUUUAUAUAAUUGGUUUUAUUGCCAUUAGCGUUAUACCUCAACCUAAAAACAAGCUGCAGGUUAAUUGUCAAAGCUGAAGACUCAGUACAUAUGUUUUUGAAUGAACUUAGGUACUUUGUGUGGUACAUUUAAUAAAACAUCAAUUUAGUUUUCCAAGGAUUGGUAUCAGCUUUCGCCACUCCCUGUAGAAAAUGUACAGUUAUUACUUUUUACAUUUAUUUGGUUCAAAUGUGGCAAUACUAGUUUUCUACUCUGUUUUGCAUAUACUGUAUUUUUUUUUUCUUAGAGUCCUUUGAAAAUGGUCUCAUUGUACAGAUAAAACAAAGUUAUUUUUUUCCAACAAAGAAUAAAAUUAUUACCUUUGGAUUAUUACUAUAUAGAAAAAUGUAUUUCCUUUUUUCUCAUAAAUGGAAAAAAACUUGCUCAUAUCAUGCAGGGUUACAGGUCUUAUACUUUUUUAAUCUUGGCCAUGACUAUAUAUUUUCGAGGUGAUGUGCUGUGAUGCUGCACUCAGCACUCAUCUUGGCACUGUGUACUUUGAUUACAAGCUGGAAAUUCAGUGCUUUUCAAUGACUGUAACAGCUUUUCCAUUCAGCACUUCAUCAUGCAAAGGAGAGAGACAAUAUGUUUGUCACUAGUGCUGUUAAUUUGAACAUAUUAAUUGCCUUUCCAAAAUAAUAAAGCUCUGUGCCACCAGAGUUUCUUAACUAUAGCACACUUCCUUUUGAGUACUUUUAGAUAUAGCUGUAGAGUCCUACCAGCACUUAACUAAAGCAUCAGUGAAAACACACUCCAUUCAUAAUAAU